AUGGCGUACCCUCAGAACUGCUUCGCGCAGACUACCAUACGCGACUACUCUCUUCUGGGGCGACGCCGGCAUGCAGCGGCCUCCAAUACUCUGCGGUAUCAGCUGGAUGUGCUGAAGAAGACCGGACGAUACGACGCCUUUAAGCUGCAUUGGCACCCAUCUUACAAUGACCCUCCCACAGUAUGGCCAAUCCCGAACCAUCUUUUCUGGGACUCGGACAUUGCCAAAUGGAUAGAGGGUGCGGCCAUGUUUUUGAAGCAACAGCCCGACCAGGAGAUCGAAGAAGCGAUCGUGGACUUGGUCGACAUGAUCAAAUCAGCGCAGCAACCGGAUGGGUACAUCAAUAUCCACUUUACUGUCGUCGGACCCGGAAGGAGGUUUACGAACUUACGUGACUUCCACGAGCUGUACAACGCUGGCCACCUGAUCGAGGCAGCACUUGCGCAUGAGAAUACCUUCCAUGACCGCCGGCUGCUGGACCCAAUGCUGAAAUACGUAGACUUGCUCUGCGACACAUUUGGCGGUGGCCGAAAUCAGAUACCAGGAUAUCCAGGUCAUCCAGAAAUCGAGCUGGCGUUGUUGAGACUAUACGAUCAUACAAAGAACACUAAACAUCUCGAGCUUGCAAACUUCUUCCUCAUCGAGCGUGGCAAUGCACACGGCUGGUUUGGGCGCCACUACUAUGAUGUGGAGGCGGAAAGACGAGGAGACGAUCCGAACAAGAGACCUGCUUUCUAUCCGGAAAGGAGAUGUCUCUGGUACCAUCAAGCACACGAGCCAAUAGCGGAACAGCAGACGGUGGAAGGCCAUGCUGUGAGAGCGAUGUACUUGCUGACUGCCGCAACGGACUUGAAGAGAGUCAUGCCGGAUUCUGUCGGUCAGAAGUUCGAGAGUGCUAUAUAUCGCCUGUGGGACAACAUGGUGAGCCGGAAGAUGUAUAUCACAGGCGGGAUAGGCGCAAUCAAGCAAUGGGAAGGCUUCGGAUUGGACUACUUCUUGCCUCAGGGUACCGACGAGGGCGGCUGUUACUCAGAGACAUGCGCUGCAAUUGGCGUCAUGAUGUUUGCCGAGAGGCUCCUACAAAUCAAGCUGGACGGUCGCUUCGCAGACACCAUGGAGCUGUGCCUGUACAACGCAGUUCUCACAUCGAUGUCCGACGAUGGCAGACGAUUCACGUACGUCAAUCAGCUGGCUUCAAGCGACCAAGAUCCAUCGAAGCGAGAAGAGUGGUUUACUUGUGCUUGUUGUCCUCCGAACGUUCUCCGUCUCCUUGCGCAGAUUGGAGGCUAUCUGUGGACUCAUAAAAUUGAUGAAGCAGAAGCGUCUGCAGAGGUCGCAGUACAUCUGUACACCUCUGCAACUCUCAAGUUUGCGGUCGGCGAUACUGAGGUGCAGCUGGAACAGCAGAGCAACUGGCCCUGGAAUGGAGACAUCAAGUUCAACUUGAAAACCACCCUGUCCAAACUUAGACUACGACUGAGGAUUCCUGGUUGGGCGAAGAGCUUCCAGAUCUCCGAUGGCUGUCCUGACCUGGAUGUCAAUGAUGGAUAUGUCGAGAUUCCUACGGCAUGGCUUGCAUCGAACAAAACGUUCAGCCUGUCUAUACCCCUUAUUCCACGCUUGAUUGCACCACACCCUUUCACCAACCAGCACACAUUGUCGCUCGCCCGAGGCCCGAUCGUCUACUGCGUUGAGGACAUAGACAAUCCGUGGGUCGAAGACCACUUCAAGUCCACUCAAAUCUCCCAGGACUGCAAGAUUGAAGAGCGACCAAUGCAAGAGAAAACUUCCGGCGACAGUCUUGUUGGCCUAACGAUCACGGAUGGAGCUUCCAUCAUAGGCGCAAACUCUCGGAACAAUUCUCCAUCAAUGAGCCUCGGGUCCUGCUACAAGUCGGAACCGAUACGAGAAUUGCACUUUAUUCCUUACUACCACCGCUCGAACAGAGGCGGAAGUGGACAGAUGCGAGUGGGGCUCAGAAGAGAAGCGCCUCCGGUGGGUUGCCAAACAUGA